CAAGCCUGACGAUGUCGGCGUGACACGGCCCGUGUCGGCAUGAGCGGUGUUCGACAGCAGCAACCGGCCUUUCUGUGGGCGGGAGAUGCGCCUGGACGCGGAAAGGUGAGCGACCAGUGCCUGUGGGCAGCGUGCAAGGCGAUGACCACGGGCCUGGUUCUCAUCGUGAUCGGUGCAUCAAUGGCCACCGUGGGCUUCUACUCGGACCACCUGUCCACCGUCGAGGAGAGGCGAGGCAACAGCACGGUGCGCGUAAAGAACGAGCACCGCGACCGGCACCUCGACAGCCUGACCUACCUAGGCCCCCUGGUCAUGGGACUGGGAGGCUUCAUCAUUGUUGCCACCUGCGUGAUGACUUUCGAGGCCCGCGAUACCUCGUCGUCGUCAGCGAAGCUCGUCUCUGCUUGGUUCAAGAGGAGCAGGUCGUACGUCGCCCCCAGACCGGAGAUCAGCUGUCAGGGCACCAGUGCGAGCGACGUAUCUUGGGAACGCUUCCUUCCGGGCGUCCGUCAUGACUCGACCGUCACUGAGGCAGACCGGUCGGCCGUCACCAGUGCCCUCAUCAGCUUCAGCAGGAACCUGCAGAGUAGCUUCGAGUCCGGACGUCUACCUGGCGGCGCCGGUACGCUAGGAGGCGCAUCGUGUGGCGGAGGUACUGGCGUCACCGAAGGUUCCACCGCUGGAAGUCCCCGCGAGAAAUUGCACCGGUGUCAGUCCGACCCCAACGUCGUCGGGCUUGGACUGACCUGUGGCAGCGGCGGCGGUUCACCGACCUUCCGCGAGCCCACGUCUCCGCUCAAGAAACGCGAAGAGGCCGAGCGCGAGUGCUUCCUGAAGCCUCCGGCCAACCCACAACUCCUGAGACCUCGGCCGUUCAACGUGUCCCCACACGACUACCGUAAGGUCGUCUCCGUCGACUGCGCCUCGCCCCCCGUCCUCGACGUACCUGCGGCUCUCGGAGAAAGCCACCCAGCUCAGUCGUCCUCGUCUCACGGCUCCAUGGCCAUGGACGUCUACUUUCCCGAAGGUGCCGUCACGCUCAAGGUUAAAGACCGGACGAAGAAGCAUCACCACCACCACCACGCCUCGGCGGCCAUCUCGCCACCGAGCACGAGUAGCCGGAAAGGCAGCCGGUCGUCCGCUGCUUCGAGCCGGAAGUUGUCCAAGAGCGAGGUAGGGUCCGGCGAUAGCUAUGGCUCUACCGAGUCUGACACGUCGCCCCGCAAGUCGCGGACCUCGACGCCCGCCCGGAAGUCGGAGGCAUCGAUGCGUCGCGCCUCGACAACCGCUUCGUCGACGUCGACCACGAGUCCACGACAUAGCCACAGCGAGGCUUCGGGCACCAGCAGAACAGGAGGUUUGGUCCUGACGACGACCAAGUCGGCGACCAUGAAACGACACCCAUUCACGAAGCAGCAAGCGCUCGACACGCACUCUUUCGGCUCGGCGGACGCAUAGACGGUAGCCGAUUGUUCAUGAAGUGGCCUGGACACGAUGCCAUUCGCACUAAGAGACGUCACUAAUCUCGAAAUCUGCUCGACCAAUGUGCUCUGGAUUCGUGCACGUCGACGUGGCAAGUCAUCGUAAGCUAUUCAUCGUCACCUUAUUGCGCACCGCUUAAAAUGCGAACGCUUGGGAUGAAGGACUAGACGGACACAACCGCAAACUUUCAACUGAGUUUAUUGGACAGGCGCAUGAUGCUUUUGUGUAAUCAUGUUUUAUGGUUACAAUAGCUACCUUACUCAUUCAAGCAAGCAAGCCCUUACAUUUUAAGCUGCGCUGGUAAAAACUUCGUGAAUGGCUGGCUAGGUGGUUUGUUGUGAUCGAACAUGAAGACUCAGUUCUUUUUGAAGACAAAAACAGGCUCUCAAAUAUCAGCCGCAAAAGGCAAGUAGUAGGUGGACCAGCGGGAAAAUGUUGAAAAGCACAUGCUGUAUGAUGUGCUAACAGGCUGCUUGUUGCUGACGCCGCACUCAAGAGUACCAUUUGUUGAUGACGGCUUGUUCGCAGGGCAUAUUAUAACUUACAUACGACAAAAAAAAAGAAUAGAAACACUACCGGUAACUGCCAGUGUAAACGCUGUCCGGAAGGAAUGCUAUUACUACUUUAGAAGGCUGCUGUGAAUUAAGGAGCGCUAUACGUUCUGCCCAAAUGGAGAUCUGUAAGGGGAUAAGUGCGUUCUGUUCGAUAUGUAUGAACACGAAAGUGAUUUGAGCUAAACACCUAACCUGUGCAGCAGACAGGCGCAGUUGGAGCUUGCCACAAACAACCGAAUGGUACGAGCUCGAUUCCAGAGAACACAGUGAGUCGUCUCCACUUGCGAGUGAUGUGACGUGCGCGGCAACAGGGACGUCGGGCUUUUUUCCACGUGACAUACUUCGAUCUCAUCAGCCGGUAGCCAUACCACGUCCUUAGCGUCGGCUAUAAUCCUAAGAGGAUCAAGUUUGUGCCAUGGUGCUGCCCUCUGGUGCAUACCAUAAUCACAGCAGUGAAUCUUUGCACAACUCUACGAGGACAGUUUGCAGUCAUUCGCUGUUUUAGAACCGUUUUAGGGUGUGUUCUAUGUGAUGCGGAAUUCACUUUCGGUGUUUCAUGUUUUGUCUCACCACCAUGUCCGUGUCAUGCCCGUAAUCCAUAGUUGAUUGCAACCUAAGCAUAAAUACAAGCUCUGCCUCUAGAACUACUCUGCACCUGUCAGUCAAGAAAGUGGUGCUAAGCGGUUUUGCUUAUUAUCAUAAUGACUUUUUUGCUGCUGAUUUAAGCACUGCGCAUGUUGUUAGGUAAAACCUAAUCGCCCCUGCUUAAAAUGUUACGUUUUCUGCAACAGCGAUGUCAAAGUACUUGCUGAAAUCGGUUAAGACGUUCCCGCUUUUUGACCAAAAACCAGCGACAUGAAAGUCUCUGCAUAAGAAAAGCGCCUGCCUAGAAUAGGCGAAGGGUGACGUCACCGAAAUGAACAAAUGCAAUUGAAUGCCGCUUCUA